CCCUCCUGGCAUCAUGCUAGAGUGUGCCAUGCCCACGGUUUUCAACAGAAACGCAACGAUCUGCUAAUAAAUGGAACUGCUAGUUACUAGCGAGGCCAUCAAUACGCAUUUUGUUUUCUGUUUAUUUAACUAGCAGCUGUGUUUUCAUGGGAAAUGUAUUAGCAAGUUAACGUCAGAUAGCGCGAUAACUGCGCCAAAAAUGAUGCGAGAUUCAAUCGAAUGCUGCACUGCUAGCUAGUCAGCCAAAUCUGACUGGGGAAUGGUCAUUUCUCAGUUUGCCAGCAUCACAGCUCUGACACAUCACGAAGUCGUUCAGCUAGCGAGACAUAACGCUGGAACCUAGCUAGCGUUUAGUUGGAUAGAAAAAGAGGACGAGCAUUUGCUGGGGAGUGGUGACUGUGCAAUUGCAAGACUGGCCAUAUGGAUGCGUUGCCUUUGUGUGCAUUUUACUGACAAUUGUGGCUUGGCUCUAGCUAGGGGGCGGACGUCGCUGAGAAGGCGGACAGUUGGCUACGUUAGCUAACUAGCUUGUUGGAUGUCGCGACAGUGCAGUUAGCCCCGUUCGUUGUGUCAGGCCAAGAACCAGGGGACGCACGAACCCAAGUCAGUGAACACAGGGUAUCGCAAUCGAGGCGGGUAAUAGGGAUAGUUAACUAGCCAGGUAGCUAGCUAGUUGUCCAACUAGCUAGCUAACGUGAGAAAUCUAAACAAGGCUUGAAGCGCGCAUCAACGGAGAGAGGCCCUCAACACACCCCCUCGCACCGACACUGCCCCCUCUUCGUCGAUCCUCCCGUGAUUUGCUGAGAUCUGUACACGGGUGAAGUCGGACAGUUCUCGGUUGGGGACAACUUGACAGCGAGGCCCCUAGCUCCCCUCCCCCAUUCCCAUCCAAGACCCUCCAGUCCACCUCCUCGCCAGACAUUAGAAGCGAGGAUCGUGAUAUUAGAUACCUAGCUAAAGUUAACCCAACCAGCUAGUCCAUUCUAACCAGCGGGCUGCCAAAACCAGGAGGGAUGACUUUGGAGUCGAUGAUGGCUUGCUGCCUGAGCGAAGAGGCGAAGGAAUCGAAACGAAUCAAUGCGGAGAUAGACAAACAACUCCGGCGAGACAAGCGGGACUCGAGGAGAGAACUGAAAUUACUCCUUCUCGGUACAGGAGAGAGUGGGAAGAGUACAUUCAUCAAGCAGAUGAGGAUCAUCCACGGGGCGGGCUACACAGAGGAGGACAAGAGGGGUUUCAUCAGGCUGGUGUACCAGAACAUCUUCACCUCCAUGCAGUCUAUGAUCAAAGCCACAGAGAACCUCAAGAUCCCCUUCAAAUACGAACAGAACCGGUCUAAUGCCAUGUUAGUGAAGGAGGUGGACAUAGAGAAGAUCUGUGGUUUCGACCAGCCCUACAUCAGCGCCAUCAAGACCCUGUGGGCUGACCCUGGGAUACAGGAGGCCUACGACAGGCGCAGGGAAUACCAGCUGUCAGACUCCACUAAAUAUUAUCUUAGUGAUAUAGACCGCGUCACCGCGGAGGGAUAUGUUCCUACUCAGCAGGAUGUGCUUCGUGUCCGGGUCCCCACCACGGGAAUCAUAGAGUACCCGUUUGACCUGGAGAACUGCAUCUUCAGCUAUCUAACUGAUCUGGACCGUAUCUCAGACAACAACUAUCUGCCCACACAGCAAGAUGUUCUGAGGGUGCGAAUCCCCACCACCGGCAUCAUAGAGUACCCCUUCGACUUGUCAAGCAUCAUUUUCAGGAUGGUGGAUGUAGGGGGUCAAAGGUCAGAGAGGAGGAAGUGGAUCCACUGUUUUGAGAACGUCACUUCCAUCAUGUUCCUGGUAGCGCUCAGCGAGUACGACCAAGUACUGGUGGAAUCUGACAACGAGAACCGUAUGGAGGAGAGUAAGGCGUUGUUCAGGACCAUCAUCACCUACCCCUGGUUCCAGAACUCCUCAGUCAUCCUGUUCCUCAACAAGAAGGAUCUGCUGGAGGAGAAGAUCUCAUACUCCCACCUGGUCGACUACUUCCCUGAGUUUGAUGGUCCCCAGCGAGAUGCCCAGGCAGGCCGGGAGUUUAUCCUGAAGAUGUUUGUGGACCUGAACCCGGAUAGCGACAAGAUCAUCUACUCCCACUUCACCUGCGCCACGGACACCGAGAACAUCCGCUUCGUCUUCGCUGCCGUCAAAGACACCAUCCUGCAGCUCAACCUCAAAGAAUACAACCUGGUCUGAAAGACUCUUGCACGCAAACACACACUCUUCCCAGUUGCACAGAUUAGCCUACACACACACACACAUACACACACACACACACACACACACUUAUGAAGCUUACACACACCUACACAUCUAGUUGAUCUUUCCCCCCCUGCUUUUCAGUCCAGCGAUUUAAGACCCCCCUCUUCCAAUAUCUCUCCUCCCAUUCGCUCUCCCAUUCAUUCCUUUUUUCUACCCUUUUGCCAUAAGCCUGUCCUCUCCCUCGUUCUCAGCAGCUUGUCAGUCUCCUCUUCUCCACACACAUGCCAUGACUACGGGAGGGGGGUGUGUGUGUGUGUGUGUGUGUGUGUCUGUGUGAGAGAGAAGGUGAGGAAGAAGACUAGUGCGGUCAGUGAACUGUGGGUCUUUAACCCUUGAACCCUCAGUCAACUGACCUGAGAUCACAUCCUCUGAUUUGCGGAAGGAGUGACCCAACCGCAAGACAUAAAACACUUGAGGGGGUGACGUUUUUCACUCUAUAAAGGAGGGGCUAUAGACUGGGAGGGGGGUGGAGACACCAGGACGCGAGCAGGAAGUGAUGUCACACAGAAGUGAGAGGGCAGACCAAGGAUUCUGUUUCCACCUCGCAUCAAUGAAUGUAUACUCCGAGUGAGGAUCGCAAACGCAAAAAAAUAAAUUAAAUAUGUUAUAAAGUAAUUACGUAUGUAGACAAAAUACACUAAGACUGAAAGCACCAGAGGGAGAGGAAAAAGCAAAUCGAUUAAAUCUGUGUAUCGCUGAGCUUUUUUACAAAUAGUUUUUAAUAAUAGUAACUUGUUGCUAUGUCAACUUCUAUCCGAUGACAAAGAAGUUGUUUGAAAAGUUAUAGAAGCGGUUAACAAAACAAAAUCUUGUAUUUAAAAAAAAAUAGAAAAAUAGCCAGAAUAUCACAAAAACAAGAUGGUAAUCAGAAACGGACUUUAAUUGUAUCCUUUACAGACGGUUGUGGUUGUUCAUGUUUAGGUUUGAUCACAUCGCUUCCCUCCUUCACUGGUUUACUGACUGAUACACCGGAACCUUCCGUUUGACAUCCGCAGUACCACGUUCUGUUUGAUACACGCUACAUUAAGAUUACCGAACAUCCGAUACUCGCUACUAUGUUCUGAUUGGACAGUUGCUGAGGGGGAGGGAGUCAUGUAUGGAUAUGAUGUCAUCACCGUACGGUACAUCAGUCUGUGAAAGAAUGACAUCACGUGUUAAGUCGCCCAGCGACCCAAUUAGAUGUGCUCUGGAGAUUCUGGACAAUCCAUCCCCACAAAUGACACGGUGGCAUCCAUUAUUCCAGACACAAAGGAAGCUAUAUGUUGUUUACCUUCUUUUUUUUUUUUUUUACUGUAUAGACACUUUUGUUUGUUGAUGAGAGGUGGUUGUUGAUUGGUGGGAGCAGGAGACGUAAGAUCCUGUCUCCCAGAUGGCCAGGCAAGCAUACUCUGAAGUCAAAAAGUUAUUGUUUGUGUAUAUUUCUGUUUGUAAAUAUAUGUACACAGAAACGCUCCUGUACAAAAACACUCUGUGGUACAGUACACCAUCUUUGGCAACAACAGAAAAAAGAGAAGAAAAUCCAUUUUUUCCCCGAUAGUGUACUGUUUUUUUGUUUUCCUAUGAAUUUACUAGUAUUUAUACUGUGAUUCUGGAUUUCUUUGAUUAUUGAUAAUCAGUUGAUUAUAAGAGGACUACACACAUAGAGGGCUGCAGUGAGAGGAAAGGAACGGUCUCAGAACAGAGGUUCUUAACCAUCUGGAGCCUUCUAGUCUAGAACCUUCAGAACGUUCUAGAUCCUCGGCUCUCUUCUGCAGCUUCUCCCUACUAACACUAGAGCAGAUUAGUUAUUCACAAUAUGUUGACAAAAGACAUGAUAUUAAAAGAGUAACUAAAUAAAGAUUUUUUUUUUUUUAAUUUAUCUAAUAAUUUAUGGAACCAGGUUUGAAGGUGUUGAUAAUUUGACUGCUUUUUUUUUCUAUCAUGUUGAAAUGCGGUCGGGGCUAGACUUGAGUCUAAACUGCUGUAACAAAACAAACGUCUACUAUAGUAUGUACUAAAUCUCUGCUUUCUUUUUUCUCUUAAGACAAUUCCAGAUGUACUUUGCCAUUCUAUCUAUAUCCAUGUUAAAUUCUAUGGUUUUCUUCUCACAUUAAGUCACUUUGUUUCGUUUCAUUGAUGAAAACUUGUAUUUCUCCUCUUGGGUUUCUAAUAGGCACAGCUCUGUAACUGCAUACAUAGGAAAUGUACCAUAUGAACGUAGGUGAAUUUUUAUAACCAGUGAUUGGAGACCAGUACGGUCUAUGCUUGCUCUGUCGUUGUAAUUUAAACACAGUUUGCUUUGUCGUUGGUUUGAGUUGUUUUAGUUCAAGUUCCGAGGCUUGCUUUGAUAGAACCAGUGACGUUGCAGAUCUACUUUUGAACCUCUUUCUACAGGCAACUUUUCUUCAUUAUUCUCAUUAAGGGCUAUCGCCAUGCAUCAGACAGGCAGAUGUGGGAGAACUAGUAUAAGACAGGGCUCAAUUCGGUUUUCAAUUCAUGAAGUGAGUGGAAAUUCAAUGAGUGAAUUCAAAAAUCCUAGAAAGCGAUGGGCAGUAGAGGACAAGGGUACACGGUUGCGUUCUGUUCUCAAGGGCUGCAGUCUUGCUGGGUUUUUUCUGUUGCCUUCUAACCAAAAACGGAUUUCUACCUGUGAAAUCAGGUGUUUGCAAUCCCCAGCCAAUUGGUAACAUUCAUUGAUCAAGUAAAUGUCGGGGAGAAAUGAAAACCAGCAGGAAUGCAGACUUCGAAGCACUGGGUUGUGCACCCCUGGUUUUAGGUUCACAGUCGACUAAGCCAUUCACUCAUGAGUGUUUGUGGGUAUCAUUUUGUUCAACAAAGACCGCGUGUGAAUGCAGCUGUGGUAGGAUACAUGACCAACACUACCAUUCAUUUUUUUACUUUAUCUUUCUCUGGAUCAACAGUGGAUCAGACAAGCUUCCAGCUCCAAAUGAGGGAAUCUGUCAAGCCCCAAGUUCCCUACUGCACUGUUUGAUGUGUUAUCAUCAGGGGUGUGAUCCUGGAUCAGCUUACCCUCCCUCAAUGCUAACCUUAAAGGCCCAGUGCAGUCAAAUGUGAUUUUUCCUGUGUUUUGUAUAGAUUUCCACACUAAGGUUGGAAUAAUACUGUGAGAAAUGGUGAUAAUGCUAUUUUAGUGUAAGAGCUGUUUGAAAAGACCGCCUGAAAUUUCUGCCUGUUUUUGGUGGGUUUGAGUUUUGGUUUGUCUGUUUGAUAUCACCAUGUGGUAAAUUAGUUAAUAGACCAAUUUUAAAAAAAGUUUCAAACCUCUCUGCCAACAACAGCUAGUUUUCAGUUUUCCCCUCGCCACUCAGACCACCACUUCCAGACAGUCCUAGCAAAAUUCAUGCUUGAGAAAUUACUCUUGCCAAGAAGCUAUUUUGGUUUAUUUUUUUGACAAUUUUGAGUGAAAACAAUCGCAUUAUGGUACUUAAUUGUUACCCAGAAAUGACUUGAUUUUGAGGUAAAAACGUCUGCAUUGGGCCUUUAUCCAUUAGGGGGGAUGCAAAACUGACCUUAGAUCAGUGUUAAGGGGAACUUUCCUUCUACUGUCCUACUGCUAGUUUUACCAUCCGGGGGUGUGCUUUGUGCUUGUUGAGGAGAUUUUGCACAUUGUCAAUAGACACUCCUACAGUAGAGGCAGGGUGGUAAACCAGGUGUUAAAAUGCUAUUCCAAGUUAAAGCAUAGCUGCACAACACACAGCUCUAGCACACCUGUGCAGGCUUUUGUUCCAUACCAGCACUAACACCCCAGUCAACUGAUUGAGAACUAAUCAUGGUCUUGGAUUUAGACCGCAACUAGUUGAACCAAGUGUGUUAGUGUUGUACUGGAACUAAAGCCUGUACACUGCAGCCAGUAUUAGAGGAUGUUAUCCAAGUAUGAUAUUCAGUAUUUCAUUCAGUGUUGAUCUGCCCACAAACAAUGUGUUGAAUACAACUUGCAUACCAAACAGACAAGCACUUGGGCUCCUGUACUGCCUCCACAAUGCAGGGUGAAAACAGCCCAAACUACAAUCAUCUGACUUGGUGAUUAAUCAGUCAUAUUUAUAGGAAACACUACUAAUCUCUUGUUUUCCACUUCUUGUGGGUUAAUUGGUUGGCACUCCUGAAGUGUCUGCACAUUAGGGCCCAGAGUUGUUCCUAGGCUGUAACUAGGACACAGAGUUUUACCUGGUCAGAUUAACAUGGACAUGGUGCAUAUUGAGAACUUAGCUUGACUUCUUUCCUUUAAAUCUUUUUUGUAAGAUAAAAAAAACAUUACCGGAACACUAUUGUAUUUAGGACCACUUGAUUUAUUUUUUAAUCUAAGGAAACCUGAGGGUUAAAUGUUUUAGUUGGUGUAUAAAAUAUACAAUGCUGUUUUUGUUUUUCUUUAUUUUGUAUGUAAACCAAAUGUAAAUGAUGUAUUAUACUGUGUGCCAACCCAACUCUCUAGAGCCAGGCUCUCUCUCUCUUAAGUGCCAAUGCUGACAUCAUCAUCAGGGGACAGCCAUCUUGGAUGGUCCCAUUUUUAAGAACACCAGAGACCUAAACACGUGGCAUGUUCGACUACGCCACCCCUAACAAAAACUAUAAAUACACAUUUUUUUUUAAAAUUGUGUAAUUAUAUAAUUGCAUGUAUUUAGUGUUGGGAGGAGGUGAGGGCUCAGAAAAAUGUAUUGGCUGAUGCAGAGACCUUUAUGAAAGGGUGGAAUCGGUUAUUGAUUGAUCGGUUGGUUAUUAUGGAUUAUUGAUUUGCAUUACUCUCGCCAUAUUUCUUAUUUUUCUGUGUGUUUUCAUGCAUUUGUUUCAACCACUGUUGCCUGAUCCUCAUUCAAACAUGAACAUGAUUUAUUACGAUCAUCGUCGCCUUCUAAGAGAGAACAUAAUGACAAGGUAUCUGUUUUAAAUUGAAAUAAAUUUGUUCGUAUACUUGCUGA